AUGGGAACGGUAAAUUUGGCGCACGCAUUGGCGCAAUGGGUACUCGCCGCGGGCAUUUACAAACAGGAGGACUAUGAGGAAGCAGUGUGGAAGAAGACCAAGGAUGUAAUGAAGGAAUUUGUGCAAUACAUGCAGAAUGACCACAUAACAUCGUAUGCAACGGCCUGUGAUAACACAGGAUGGGAGCACCCCGACUACCAAGACGGUCACGUCUAUGUACCGUCCAACGUGGGGCAUAAAAUUAUAUGCGUACUUAUGGUAGGGGCAUUAUAUUACAUGAAUGGGUGGACUGCGCAAGAACGGGACAGGCAGAAGGAAGACGACAUAAAUGAAAGCAUAAGGCAGCACUUACGAUGCAUAAUAGCACAUAUGUUUAGCGAAGUAUUAAACGAAUCCGUGUGCAAAAGUGAAUGGGGAACUGUUUAUGCAUGGACAAUAAUGGACAAGACAGGGCAGCCCGGAGGUGUUUCGGGAGGUUUCAUACAGAACGGGACAUGUGGUAGAGAACUAUUUGCGCGUUUGAAAAUAAGAAAACUUGAGUUAAAUGAACACGUCAGCAAAUGGUUAAAAGGAAAUAGCAAACUACAACACGCAAUACAGAAAAUAAAAGGACACAAACUGUGCACGACGCCGUGGAGGAAGGAAUGGAACCUAGAGGACAUCCUAGGGAAUGGCACUAUAGAGGAUACGCAAGCGUUGAAGAUUGCUCCGCUAGUCCAUGAAUUGAAGACCGGAAUCCACGACCUACUUACGGAAAUCGGAAAACAGGUAGACCAGGACGUACAAAAACGGCAACAGGCGACGAAGGGGAAGUCCGCGAACCAUGGCAAACACGGGCAGGCCGCCAACAAGCCGGCAAUACCGGACGCCACUGCAACACCACCAAAGGAACCGGAAGCUGACGUGUGCAGCCACGACGGGAGCGGUAGCGGUAGCGGCGACAACCAUGAGUGGACAGUGCACUGUACGAAGUUAUGGAAUACAUAG